ACUGCCACCUUUGAGUGCAAACACCCUGCACUUGCAGCAUAAUACGCGCCAAGCCUUCCUCUUCUUAUACCACGCCCCCUCCACUUAAACUGCACCCCAAACCACAGCACGCGCAAGUCCCAAGGCUUUUCACGUCCAAAAGCCAUGUUCCGUCACUCCUCCUCCUCCCCCUCGUCGGCGCCCGCCUCCUACGGCGACGCCCUCAUGCACCACGCGGCGAGCUUCUCCACCGCCCUGGCCGUCACCGCCCCAGCACAGAUUCCCCGAGGCGACACCGGCGGGUACCUCGACGGCAAUGUUGGCGCGUUCUCGUCGCCGCCGUCGGCCUACUCCUCGUCGCUCCCGUCGUCGUACUACAACAGCAUCCAGAGAAGCAUCAGCUCGCACUCCCUCCCGCUGCACCUCCAGCUCGCCGACCCCCUCGGCGGCGCCGGCGGCAAUGGCUUCUUCUCGCCGCCCUCCCCGUCCCCGCACCAGCUGCCGCUGCCGCCGCUCUCCUCCCCCCCGUCCUCCUCCUCCGGCGACCUCUUCGAGUUCACCUCGUCGUGCCCCGUCCGACGCGUCUUCAGCACCGGCGAUCUCCAGGGGAUGAACAGGUCGUCACCGCCGCGGCCGGUGCCGUCGAGCGAUGGCUGCGGCCAAGAGGGAGGCGGACCGUUCUUGCAGAAGGUCGGGCGGUACAGCGCCGAGGAGAAGAAGGAGAGGAUCGAGAGGUACCGCGCGAAGCGCCACCAGAGGAACUUCAACAAGAAGAUCACUUACGCGUGCAGGAAGACGCUGGCCGACAGCCGGCCGAGGGUGAAGGGCCGGUUCGCAAGGAACGGCGAGACCGAGGCGGAGGCCGACGAGCGCGAGGCGUUGGAGAACAGCUACGAGUACCGCUGCGGCCACAACGGCCUCGGCAACGCCAACAAUAACAACAGCAUCAGCAGCUGCUACGACGGCCACUACAAGCCGGACAGCGUCGGCAGCAACGGCGCCGUCUCGGCAUUCAACGGUGUCAGCGACAAUGGCGAGUGGUGGUGGCGGGCGCCGGGGGCCACGCCCGCCGCCGCCGCCGCUGCCGACGAGGCACAACGGCAGCGGCAGGUGGGCUUCCACGACGACGAUGACGACGAGCUGUGGGCCACCCUCGGCGACAUGCUGUCCGUGAACCUGGCCUCGUAGCCUCGUAGGCCGCCUAGCCAGUCACUAGCCAGCCAGGCAGGCGGGCAGGGUGAUGGAGCGAACGCGGCGCUGGUGGCCGGUGGGGUCCGGUGCACGCGGGAGCACUCAGAUUCAGGGGUGGCGACCGCAUGUAUGCCUUCCGCGCUCCCGGUGCGCGGCGCAGUGCGGUGCCGGUGAAGAGGUCGGGUCAGCUGGGUGGCGUCGUUGACCUUCCCUUGUGUAUGAUUGAUUGUCUUGUAACUUUUAGCCAAACACAUCACGAAACAACAACUUGUGCUC